UUUUCAGCCGCAAUGAGGGAAGGAACUCCGCGCGUCAGAAUUGAAGUGAAUAAGGGCAGCAAUCGACCCAGUCAAUUUGUUUCCGAGUCAGAAGAGCAACGGCUGCAGCGAGUACAGAGUCGAGAUUCUGAUACGGCUACUAUGAAUUUUGUAACCGAUGAUCGAAUGAUGGAAGAGCACGACGAGUACAGCGCAUUCAAGGAGGCGUACGAAGAGGAGGAGAGCCGCGAAUACGUUAUUGAAAACGGCGUGAAACGGCUUGUCAAUCAACACUACGACUCUCGUGGUUACUCUUCGGCUGGACGAGGGCAAAAGGGACGCCGAGAGGAGGAGCGUAGACGGAAUAUGGCCGUGGAUUAUUCAUCACAAGACUUCCGUCAAUCACUAGCAGCAAUCGACCAGGCAAGCCGUGACGGAGCCAUCUCUCGCGGUGAGGAUGGUGUCCGUGUCCGACAAAUCGGUGAUACAACAAUUAUGACCGAACAUCGAGAUCCUUAUUCAUUCUAUUGGCAACUGGAUCAAGCAAGACGAGAAGCCGAGUCACCACCGAGAAGACCUCCACCGACUGAUUAUGUGAUUGAUGAGGAGGAAGAAGUUCUGGAGACAGUUUAUUCACCGGAAGCUGAUGAUGUUAUGUUUGAGAAUCAAUAUAGAAGACCUGUAAGGCAUCCAUUACCUCCACCACCUCCGAUUAUGGAAGAAGAGCCGAAAGAUUUACCACCAGGAUGGGAGAAACAUGAAGAUCCUCAAGGCUACUCUUACUAUUGGCACGUCGACAGUGGAACUAUUCAACGGCAACCUCCUCCACCAGUGAACCGUGAGACCCAGGCGGACGCACCGCCCCCGCAAAUCAUCCAACUUCCACCACAACAGCCUGUAAUUGAAGAGCACGCAUUCAAGCAGACGACAACAAAACGAAGAAUUGAGCAGGACGAGAUGAGUGAAAGAGAAAUUGAGGAUGUUGCAAUGAUUGAAAAUGGAGACACGUAUCACAAGCCUGUAAGAUUUGCAGUCCGAUCUUUGGGAUGGACCGACAUCUCAGAGGACGAGCUCACUGCGGAGAAGUCAUCGAGAGCUGUUAAUCGCGCAAUCGUUGACUUGACCACCAGAAGUGAUAUCGAUAGCAUCCCGAAAUGGGGAGACGGUCGUGAGCUCAUUAUGGAGCUUGAUGAUAAUGAGCUAGCUUUGCUCGAUCCAGAUUCCAUGAAUGUGAUUCAUUCCGAACGAAUUCAAGCGAUCCGCGUUUGGGGAGUUGGAAGGGAUAAUGGAAGAGACUUCGCCUACGUGUCCCGUGAUCGUGGAACCCGAAGAUUCAUGUGCCACGUGUUCCGAUGUGAUACCUCUGCAAAAACCAUCGCCAACACGCUCAGAGAUAUCUGUAAACGAUUGAUGCUUCACAGAAGACCAUCAAGUCUUCAUGCUAUCGAAUCAGGAGAAAAGAGAAUCGUGCGAAGUGAGGGGCUUACUGCACCGAUUGAUGAGCCACGAAAAGUGAUCCGUUGCCAUUUUCUCGGAGUCACACAGGUUCCAAAGGCGACUGGAAUCGAGAUUCUCAACGAGGCAGUCGAUCGAUUAGUGUCACAAGUUCGGUCGGAAAGAUGGAUUCUGGCGGAUGUAUCAAUUGCUCCGUCGACUAUUGCAAUUGUUGAAGUGAAUGGACAACAAAUUGCCGAGUGCAGAGUUAGAUAUCUUUCAUUUUUGGGAAUUGGACGAGAUGUCAAACACUGUGCCUUCAUAAUGCAAACCUCAUCGGAAAGCUUCAUGUGCUACGUCUUCCACGUCGAACCGAACGCAGCCGCCAUGGCAAAAAUGGUCGAGGCUGCUUGUAAGCUUCGAUACCAAAAAGUGCUCGACGCCCACUCAUCAUCCCGUCAUCACUCGGGAAUGUCGAUUCAUGGACAACAUCCACCAUCCACCUACCACGGCAAGGGAUGGACUGAAACAUUUCGCGACGCUUUUGGUUCGGUGACGUCACGUAUGGUACCUUCUAGGUCGGCACAACGACUUUGAAUUCUUCAUUUUUCUUCGGUUCUUUAAUUUUCUGUAUUUUUGAUGGAUUUUUCUCAUAUUUUUUUCUCUCAUACUCUGUUCUGCUCAUCCCAAAUAUGCUUUCAAACCAAAAGUUUACCCCGGCCCCUCACUUGGCAAUAUUCUUCAAUCCACCGAUACAUUUUUACUUGUACAAUCCCUCUUUCUGUGUAGCUUUUUCAACAUCUGUGACAAUUUUUUUUUGUUUUGUAGAAUUUGAUUUCUUUGAAAAAAGGUUUUUCUGAU